CACUUUAUGACGAUGCUAGAAAUACGUUGCCCAUCCUCAUUGCAAACGCACAAGUUUGAAUUUUGGUGCAACCAGAAACGCAAAGUCAAGCACGAACGAUAGGAAUAGGAGCCAGAUAAUUAUGUCACCCCACGGCAAUCAACGAACCGUGCUGCCGAAGCGCAUAAUCGUGAUGCGCCACGGCGAGUCCAGGGGCAACCUCGACUCGGCGGCCUACUCCACCAUCCCGGACCACCAAAUCCCGCUGACGGAGGCGGGCCUGGCCCAGGCCCGCCAGGCCGGGGCCCAGCUCCGAAGCCUGAUCGACGGGUGCUCGUCCCCCCAGUGGCGGGCCUACUUCUACGUGUCCCCCUACGCCCGCGCCCGAUCGACGCUCAGGGAAAUCGGGCGGGCCUUCUCGAAGCGGCGGGUCAUUGGGGUCCGAGAGGAAUGCCGGAUCCGAGAGCAGGAUUUCGGGAACUUCCAGGUGAAGGAGAGGAUGAAAGUCAUCAAACAGACUCGGGAGCGCUUUGGCCGAUUCUUUUAUCGCUUCCCCGAGGGCGAGUCCGCCGCCGAUGUCUUCGACCGCGUUUGCGGUUUUCUUGAAUCCUUAUGGAGGGACAUAGAGAUGAACAGGCUUCACCAUGAUCCUUCCCAUGACCUGAAUCUUAUAAUUGUAUCACACGGGCUAACCUUGCGUGUCUUCCUCAUGAAGUGGUUCAAGUGGACGGCCGAGCAAUUUGAGCACCUGAACAAUCUUGGGAACUGCGAAUUCCGAGUGAUAGAGUUAGGAUGCGGCGGAGAAUACAGCUUAGCAAUCCAUCACACGGAGGAGGAAAUGCGAGAAUGGGGGCUCGACGAAGAUAUGAUAGCUGACCAAAAAUGGCGAGCAAAUGCCAAGAAGGGUGACUGGAAUGACGAUUGCCCCUGGUAUCUUGAUGCUUUCUUUGAUCCUCUGGGUGAAUCAGAUGAGGAAGAGAGUAAUAACAGAAAUCCAAGUGAUUCUUCUAGUAUGUAUCUAUAGAUUGUCCAGCAUUUGAAUUGAAAAUUGUACUGAUUUACUAGGUUGUGGUUUGUGCAUGUUGGUUUUUCAAAUAUUAGAAACAGGAAGGGUUGAGGGUGAUUCGGUGGUAUAAAGUAAUGUAGUAAAGAUCAAAGCUUCCAAUUUGAGAGUUGGGAGAACUGCUAUAACCCUUGGCUUCCUUGUUACAGAUUGACCCAAAACAAAGGUUAUACCUUUGUGGAUAUUUUUAACUUACUUUUACAACCAUUCAAAUUUGAUUAUGUUGGAAAUAUAAUACAGAGGAAUAAAAUAUUGGUACCUCU